UGUGUGUGUGUGUGUGUGUGUGUGUGUGUGUGUGUGUGUGUGUGUGUGUGUGUGGUUGCAUGCAUGUGUGCGUGUGUGAAUAAUUCUCAUCAUGAAUAAUUGAGAUUAGUUUAUUUCCAAUAAGUUUGCUAAUGAAGUGAGAGCUUUCGCUAAGACAAUGUUACACUGAAUUUAAAUACAUUGAACAUUGUAAGGAUUCAAUUCAGUUCUCCCGUAGAUAGUUUGUGGAAAUGAUUCGUUUUUUCCAUAUUAAAAGUUAAAAAAGGUUCCGAUCAUUUUUUUCUCCCUGGCCGUAUAAUUUGCAUCUCAGGAAUAUGCACUCUACAAACGGGAACAAUUAAUAUGCUACAUACAAAUCAUUACGUCAUUUGAAUGUUUUACAUGUAGGCCUGUUGUAAAACAGUAUUGACAUUCCGUCUUUAAACUCUAAGGGACGCUGUUGGUCAGUGAAAUAAUUGUGUGCGUUCAGUAGACGCCGGUUGGAUCUUCCCAUCCUUUUAACUGCGAUAGAGAGGAGAAGUGAACACAACGACGCAUUCAGGGGGGAGCUUGACAGAAGCACUUUCACCUCGAAACUCGUCUUAUUGUUUGAAGGGAAUUUAAAUUAAAUUGCAAGCUUUUUUAUAUGACUGGAACUCGGGUAUCACUUUUCUUUUUUUUGUGGAUACUAUUGUGAGUUUCAUCAAGGAUUAUUUUCCAUUGAAAAUGGCGUUACGCCACAACGGAUGUCAAGGUGGCUGUUCGUGUCGGAGUAAAAUAUGGAUCGCUUUUCUAUAUUUCGUGAUUUUUCUCAAUGUCUCCAGUUGCCAGAUCCGUUAUUCUAUUCCUGAGGAGAUGAAAAAGGGGUCUCUUAUCGGCAACGUUGCGCAGGAUUUAGGGUUGGAUCUGAAAAGGCUUCGUUCAGGCCGAGCAAGAAUCUUGACGGGAGAAAGCCCUCAAUACGCCGAUCUGAAGACAGACAAAGGGAUUCUAGUCGUGAAUGAGAGGAUGGACCGAGAGCAGCUCUGUGGCGACGUUACACCUUGUAGCUUUAGCUUCGAAAUCAUCUUAGAAAAUCCAAUCGAACUGCAUCGUGUGAUAAUCGAAGUACUGGACAUUAAUGACCAUCCUCCUACAUUUAAAAAUAGAGACGUACGACUGGAAAUUAGUGAGUCCGCUAUCGUAGGCUCUCGUUUUAGUUUAGAAAGUGCAGAUGAUCCUGAUGUAGGGCCUAAUAGUUUGCAAAAUUACAUGUUGACCAAAAACGAACAUUUCCUUCUCAAACAACAUUCUAAUGCCGAUGGCAGCAAAUUCGCAGAAAUGAUUCUCCAGAAAUCUUUAGAUAGAGAGAUAAAUCCUAAUCUCUCUUUAAAGCUGAUCGCAGUGGACGGUGGAAACCCGCAAAGAUCUGGGACAGUAAAUAUAGAAAUAACUGUUCUAGAUGCCAAUGAUAAUGCGCCGGUGUUUAACCAGUCUGUGUACAGGGCUACGGUAAUUGAAAAUGCACCUAUUGGGACCUAUAUUACAACUGUGAAUGCUUCAGAUGCUGACGCUGGUUCCAAUGGUUUUGUGACGUACUAUUUCACAAACCUAAAAGGGGGCUUAGGUGAUUUAUUUAAUAUCGACAGUGGAUCUGGUAAAAUAUCAGUAACAGGUAAAAUUGACUUUGAAAAAGAUAGAAAAUAUGAAAUAAGAGUCGGAGCAAAAGAUCAGGGUGGCCUGGAUGAUACAAGUAAGGUAAUCAUUGAGGUAAUUGAUAUCAAUGAUAACGCUCCAGUAAUUAAUGUGAUGUCAUUCUCUAGCCCUGUUUCAGAAGACGCCCCUCCUGGGACCACCAUAGCUGUAAUCAAUGUAAAAGAUUCUGAUUCACAGAAAAAUGGAAAGAUAACAUGUUCCAUUGAUUCAAAUCUCCCAUUUAAAAUACAAUCCUCAUUAACAAAUUAUUACAACCUGCUCUCAGAUGUAGUUUUUGACCGUGAAACAACGUCAGAAUACAACAUAACCAUCACCGCGACAGAUCUAGGCUCUCCACCCUUAUCCAGUGCAACAACUUUAAGGCUUGUUAUUUCUGAUGUGAACGACAAUGCACCAAUAUUCACUAAAAAGAGCUAUUCAGCUCAUGUUGUAGAGAACAAUGAGCCAGGGGUCUCAAUAUUCACCGUCAGUGCUCGAGACGCUGACUGGAAUCAGAAUGCCAGAGUGUCGUAUCUUCUGGAGGACACGCAGGUCAGUGGUAGUCCAGCCUCUACUCAUGUUUCUAUCAAUUCUGAAACUGGAGUUCUGUAUGCAGCGCGCUCUUUUGACUAUGAACAAAUUAAAGCACUACAGCUAGUUGUUAAAGCUCAAGAUGGAGGCUCUCCUCCUCUCAGUAGUAAUGUGAGUGUGAGAAUACUGAUCCAGGACCAGAACGACAACGCCCCUCAGGUUCUGUAUCCAGUCCAGACUGGUGGUUCUCUGGUGGCUGAAAUGGUGCCUCGUUCAGUAGAUGUGGGCUAUCUGGUAACUAAAGUGGUGGCUGUUGAUAUGGACUCUGGACAGAAUGCCUGGCUCUCCUAUAAAAUACAGAAAGCCACAGACAGGGCGCUGUUUGAAGUGGGCUUACAGAAUGGAGAAAUAAGGACUAACCGCCAAGUCACCGAUAAAGAUGCUGUGAAACAAAGACUGACUGUUAUAGUGGAGGACAACGGACAGCCCUCUCGUUCAGCUACAGUCAUUGUAAACGUGGCGGUGGCCGACAGCUUCCCCGAAGUACUCUCGGAGUUCACUGACUUUACACACGACAAGGAGUACAAUGGCAACCUGACUUUUUACUUGGUCUUGGCUUUGGCUGUGGUUUCCUUUCUCUUCAUCACGUGUUUAGUGGUGAUCAUAUCAGUUAAAAUCUACAGAUGGAGACAGUCUCGUAUCCUGUAUCAUUCCAGUCUCCCGGUGAUCCCAUAUUAUCCACCACGGUACUCAGACACUUUGGGGACAGGGACUCUCCAGCACGUGUACAAUUACGAGGUGUGCAGGACCACUGACUCCAGAAAGAGUGACUGUAAGGUCGGCAAUGCUGGUAGUCAGAACGUUCUGAUAAUGGACCCCAGUUCUACAGGGACCAUGCAGCGAAUACAGAGUGAAAAGAGCAUCCUGGAUGAACCAGACUCUCCACUGGAGGUGAGUUAUAUAAAAUGUGGUUGCACAUGAAAGUUGAUAUGAAGCUCAUUCAAUGUGUUCAGCACCACAAAGAAGGACAGCUCACCUAAAGCUGAGAGCAGGAGGCUGAAGACUAAGGGACAUUUUAAGAGCUAAUUCCAGAUUUUGUGUGCAAACAUUCUAGAGUGCGUAACAAUUUAAGGGCAUGAUAUAUUAAUGUGAUUGUUUUAAUGUGAUAAAUAGAACACAGUAUGCAUAAAGGCUAUUAUGCAUUACUCUGGACCAUUAGAUAUGUAUCCAUCCAUCUGGUUGUAUUCCAGUCCUGCUUGUUGGAGUUUUAUGCUAAAUAUUAUGUUUUUAUCUAGAUC